AUGGCGCGGCUGGCGAUCGCCCGGGGCAUCGCGCCGCCUCUGCGAGUCUGCGCGCCUGUGGAGCGCGCGCAGGGAUCACGCAGAGGCUUGGGCAGCGGCGCCCGCGGCGCCCCUCCUCGCCUUGCAACGGCAGCCCUGUCUGCUUUUGUGCAAGCAGGCCGCGGCGUGCGGGCGCGGCGCAUUGCCAUGGCGGCACAAACUGCGGAGGACCAAAAGGACCACAAGGACCAAAGGCCGAAACUGGCGAUGACGGUGAUGGGCGCCACAGGGGAUUUGGCGAAGGUGGAGACGUUCCCAGCGCUGCUAGACCUCUUUGGCCACGGAAUGUUGGAGGACGCGGUCAUCGUGGGUUUCGCGCGCAAAGACAAGACCAGGGAAGAGUUCCAUGACAUCGUGUCCGAAGCUCUGGAGAAUUCGCAUGUAUGCAAGGAGAUGCCCGAGCUCAGGGACAGCAUUCCAGGCUUCUUGGAGCGGGUGCACUACUUCAAGGGCAGCUAUGACAGUGACGAAUCUAUGGCAGAGCUGGAUUCGUUCCUGAAGGAGGAGGAGGGGAAGCUUCGCGAAGGCCCGACGCUUCGGCUCUUCUACAUGGCGAUCCCCCCAUUUGUUUUUCCUGGUGCUGCUCAGGCCAUCAGGAACAAGGCGAUGUCAGACAACACACGGCUGAUUGUUGAGAAGCCCUUUGGCCAUGACUUGAGCUCAGCUACCGAGCUCCAGGAGAAGCUUGGGGCCAUGUUUGAGGAAGAGGCGAUCUACCGAAUGGAUCAUUUCCUGGGCUACGAGAUCAACCAGAGCAGGUCCGGUUUGGCAACGUCUUUCUGGAGCCCCUCAUGA